UCAACACAGGAGCAAGCCUUGGGGGAGAUCGUGACAACGCCUGGCAUUGUACAGAGAGGAGCGAUCAGAGACGGAUUGGCCAUGACUACAGCACGAUACCGGCCUACAUGGGACCUGGCCUUGGACCCCUUGGUUUCCUGCAAACUUUGCCUUGGAGAGUAUCCUGUAGAGCAGAUGACCACCAUAUCACAAUGCCAAUGUAUUUUCUGCACACUGUGUUUAAAACAGUAUGUGGAACUUCUGAUCAAAGAAGGUUUAGAAACUGCAAUUAGUUGCCCUGAUGCCAAUUGCCCGAAGAGAGGCCAUUUACAAGAGAAUGAGAUCGAAUGCAUAGUGGCUGCUGAAAUAAUGCAAAAAUAUAAGAAAUUACAGUUCGAAAGAGAAGUUCUCCUGGACCCAUGUAGGACUUGGUGCCCAUCAUCUUCCUGCCAGGCAGUAUGCAAACUACAGGAGAAAGGGCCCCAGAAUGCACAGCUGGUACAGUGCACUUCCUGCGACAUCGAGUUCUGCUCAUCAUGUAAAGCCAAUUGGCACCCAGGACAAGUUUGUCAAGAAAACUUGCCAAUCACUUUUCUUCCGGGAGAAUCAAGCUCUGCACAGAAAACAGUGGAAGAUGACGUACCGAUCAAACGUUGUCCUAAAUGUAAAGUCUACAUAGAACGGGAUGAAGGCUGCGCACAGAUGAUGUGUAAGAACUGCAAGCACGCCUUCUGCUGGUACUGCCUGGAGUCUCUGGAUGAUGACUUCCUGCUCAUACAUUACGAUAAAGGACCAUGUCGGAACAAAUUAGGUCAUUCUCGGGCGUCCGUCAUAUGGCACAGAACACAGGUGGUUGGAAUAUUUGCAGGAUUUGGUCUUUUGCUGUUAGUAGCCUCACCUUUCCUCUUACUGGCCACUCCUUUUGUCCUGUGCUGCAAAUGUAAAUGCAGUAAAGGGGACGAUGACCCCCUGCCAACUUAAUCAUA